AUGGAUGAUUUCUACCGAAUGUUCUUGAUUCCCGGCAUGGAACACUGCUACUCAACUCCUGACAACAUGAAUGCCCUUUGGUACAUCGCUGGAGCUGAUCAAGCUGCUACCAUCAACACUGGCACAUACAGAACCCCUGGAUACAGAGAUGCUCUUCACGACAUCGUCCUGGCCAUGAUGGCUUGGGUUGAGAAUGGCACUGCCCCCCAACGACAUCGUUGCUACCAAGUUGAAGAACGAUACCACUGUCACUGA